AUGAAAUAUGAUGAAGGAUAGUCUCCUUAAUUGCGUGAUGAUUACAUACCCAAGCUUCCAAAUCCAAGACGAUCAGCAAUUUUUAAGGCCACUAAUGCCGUCAAUCUAACUAAAUUGGAUAGCAAGUAUUAAGAGAAAAAUGACAUGUUGGUGGCUUAAAUUUACAAGAUUGUCAAGCAUAUGCCUUCUGAUGACAGAUAAUUAAAGGCUGAGAGACAUAUAUAUGAUGCUUAUUAUCUUAGAACAAUCAGAAAUGAUAUUGAUAUGGCUGAUAAAGUGUUAUUAAAAAAUUUAUGGAAAAUUGAAAACAGCAGGAAUUGGGGUGGAUUGCUCUUCACAAUUACUUUAUUUUAUCAGAUUCUCACAUUCUUUGAGAAGCCUUUUCCGAAUUCGGAUUAUUAAGAAAGUUCAUCCAUCUCUAAAUUGGAGCUCAUUAUAUUGAUUUUGUUGUUUGUCGAUUUUACUAUUACCUUCAUUUUAUUGGCAACAAAAAAGAAUGAUGGUGGCUUCUAAUUUAAUACUAAGAGAAUGUUAAAAUUGAUAUUUAUCUUAUUGUGCGGAACAGAUUUUAUAAACUAUUAAUAUGAUCAAACUUAAUUCAGAUUUAGUCGAUUGAUUAGACCUUUACUCAUGAUAUUUUAUUCAAAAGACCUUAGAAGAAAUCUCAAAGGAAUUGCAAAGGCAAGCAGAGACUUGCUUCUAUUAUUUUUACUCUAUGUAAUUAUUAUAUCAACAUUUUCCUUUAUCGGAAUAAACUUAAUUGGUUAAUUGUAAACAGUGGACUAGGAUACUUAGGAUUAUGGAGAUUUCUUUCAAUUAUUUAAUAUGUUAUUUAUGACUGCAACUCUUGAUUUCUAUCCAGAUAUAAUGAUACCUGUGUUAAUGUAAGGAACUUAUUAUGUAUUCUUUUUUGUGAUAUAUAUAAUUCUAUUUUUAUUUCUCUUUUAACCCAUCCCUUUGGCUAUUGUGUAUGAAGGAUUUCGAAAACAUAGAAUGUAAAUAGCCAUUUAAGAUAUUAUCAAAUAAAAAUCAGCUAUGAUGGCCAGCUUCAUUUCACUUGAUUCAAAUGAUGUGGGUUACUUAACUGAAAGUCAAUUCAAGAAAUUCCUUAGAACCUUUUACCGAGGUCAGUUAACAGAUGAUCAAAUACAAAUCAUAUUUUAAGAAAUUGAUAAAGAUUUUAAUGAUAAGAUAUAGUUUGAUGAAUUUAAUUAAUUGUUAGCAGUGUUAUAGAAUAGCAAAAGGAUAUCACUGCCUCGAAUGAAAUCAUUAAAAUGUUGGGAAUAAUUCCAAAGAUUUUGCAAUAAAUACGGAUUGAAAAAGUUUAUCGAAUCUUGGGGGUUCAUAUUAUUCAUGCUAGCAAUAACAAUAUUAAACUGUGCUCUCAUUAUAACAGCAUUUUUUAUUGAUGAUCUUGAAAUUUUAGGUGUUUUUGACAUUAUUGACACAGUUUUUUUAGGGAUAUAUAUCUUUGAAUGUUUGGUUAAAAUGAUAGGAAUUGGAAUUGUGGAUUUCUUUAGUGAUGGAUGGAAUGUGUUUGAUGUAAGUAUAAUAUUUCUAUAAAUUCUAUUUGAUUAUGUUUUAUUUAAUUUUGUAACUGGAAAUAUUGUUUAAUCAAUUAAAGCAAAUAGAAUAUUAAGAAUAGCAAAAAUUUAAAAAGCAUUUCGAAUAUUUAGAGCAUUUAGGUCAAUCAAAUUAGUUGGAUACUUGCUAUAAGGCCUAGAAAUAUUUGCUCAUGUGAAGAAUUUACUAUAUAAAAUCAUUAUUUGUAUACCACUUAUCCUUAGAUUGAUUUUGCCAGUCUAAAUAGUGUUUUUCACAUAUGCUUGUGUUGGAAUAUAUAUAUAUGGAGGUCUAUAAGAUGAUGAACAGAAUCCUUAUCAGAAUAAUUCAUGUGAUCCAAAUGAGUUUAGAUUUUAAUGGGGAUAAUGCAAAUAUGCAGAUUUUAAUUCAUUGGGUGGAUCAUAUUUAUUGAUGCUAUAAAUAUUUACAGCUGCCUCUUGGGGUUAAAUAGUUUUUGAAUUAUCAUAUGAUACUAACACUUUAGCAGUUCCGAUGAUUUUUGUGGGUUCUUUUGUUUUCUUGUCUAUUUUUUUAUUAGCUUUAAUAGGAGGGUUAGUUUGGGAAGUAUUCACAGUGGUAUCAAAGACUCUAUUUGAAUAAGAAUUGGAACAAUACAAACCAGAAGAGAGAGCAGCAGUAGAAUUGAAUUAUUAAGAUGAAGCAAUAUUAGGUAGUAGUUUUGGAACAGAUAAUGAUCUGAGAAGUGGAUCAGAACUGAGUAAUGCUUUACAAUUAUAGAAAAAAACAGCAAUUUUAAAUGAUGACAACCCAGAUGUGUUACAAUUUAAACGCAGAAGUUCUAAAUUGAAACACAAUUAAGACGAGUUAAUUGAGAUUCCAAUAGAAAUUGAACCUCAAAUAGAAAUCAAAGCAUAUAAUAAGAUUUUAAAUGUUGGUAUUAAUAGUAAUAAAGUGACAAAGAAGAUAAAACCAUAAGGAGAUUUUAUAUAAAUAAUAGAGGAAUCUAUGUUUGAAAUUCAAAAGAUUUAUUGUGAUUAUUUUAUUGGUUAUCAAGAAUUUUUAGAAUAGAAAUUCAUAAGAGAAUCUCAUAAUAUUUAUAAUGUAACAUCAGAAUAUAUAAUCCAUAUAAGAAAUGAAAUCAAAAAGGAUGAAAUGUUUAAGAGAAAACAGAUUAAUAUCUCCAAUCAUGAUCUAUUGAUAUAGAAUGCAGUAUUGAGAGACACUAGUGAAGUAUAUAUAAAAAAAUAAGAAGAAGAAUUCUUAAAGCACGAGUUUGGACAAAAAUUCGAGUUGAUCAAAGAGUUAAAAUUUUAAAAUAAAUUUAAAGUAGAGAGUAAGAUAUUAUUUUCUUUAAUGGGAAUCUUAAAAUUUCCAAAACCAAAUCUUAAAUAUUUUUUCUAGAUUUUAUAUUUAAUUGAAAAUUACUUUACUUACUAAUUGCUUCCAGAUACUUCAUUCUUUAAAUUAAUUCACUCUAUUGAUGGUAGGUGGUAUUUAAUUAGUAUUGAAGAUAAUUAGAUAGUUUUCACUAAAAUAGGUAAUGGUCCUUGGACAUAUGAAAAAUUGUUGUUUGAGACAGGUCAAAUGAGAAUAUGUGAAAAUCUUAAAUUUAUGAAGGAUCAAAAAAAUUAAGAAAUUAAAUUUCACAUUAAAUAAUUUCAUUCCAGUAUGAACAAGAUGGCUAAAUAAUUUGAGAUAGAUUCAAAUAAAAUUGAUGUCAGAAGUACUAUCGUAUUGUAUUAAAUUAAAAAUUCAAAAUUUUAACCAACCAAUACCACUACUCCAAGAACUCACGAUAAAAAAAAUAGUUGUAGUCUAAACUAUUUGACUAUGGGUUCUUAAGUAAGAUAAAGACUCGCAGAAGUGGAUGAUCUUCAAGAUGAUUUAAAUCAAGAUUCUUCAAUUUAAUACAUAUACAAGGUAGAUGAUACCCACAAGCAUGUAAGUUAGACAAUUAUUUUUGUUCUUUCUAAGAUUCAAGCUUAGGAGGGAAGAAUAGUUUAUCAAAACUAAGUUAUGUUGGCCUAAUUUAUAUAGGAUUUAGCAGGAGUCAUCUAGAAUUAUUCAUAAAGUUUUUUUUAAUAAUUGGAGGAUCUUUAUUCUAUGAGAAGUUAACACAGAAGUAUGAGAUCAAAAUCACAAAUCCAUGUAUCUAAAUGA